ACCCAGGAGCACUUUAACUUUUACCUUUUAACUUAAACUUGUAUUUUUUUAGUUAGUAUCUCAACAUUCUUGUAGUUUUCUAGUUAAGGUACCUGAACAGGAAAAUAUUCAAGUUUUGACAGUUUGUCCAACACUCUGGUUGAUGUCAUGAGCAGCUGAAAGACAAGAGUUUAGUUAACUUAAUGAGUCAGACAUUAAAGCUAACUUUACUUAGAAAGUAAGCUAACCUAGCUGACUUUGGUUAAAUAUCCUUACUGGCAUCAACAGAACCAGCAAAAUCAUUCAACAUACAUUACAUUGAAAAUGAAAGCUGCAGAGGAUCAGGUUGUUGAAGAUGAUUCUGGUUUCCAGGAUGAUGAGGAGUCCUUCUUCCAAGACAUUGACCUACUCCAGAAACAUGGGAUUAAUAUGGCAGACAUCAAGAAGAUGAAGUCAGUGGGUAUCUGCACUGUGAAGGGGAUCCAGAUGACAACUCGCAAGGCUUUGUGCAACAUCAAGGGCCUGUCAGAGGCAAAAGUGGAAAAAAUCAAGGAGGCUGCUGGGAAAAUGCUGAAUGUGGGUUUCCAGACUGCCUUUGAGUACAGCGCAAAGAGGAAGCAGGUGUUUCACAUCACAACUGGGAGCCAAGAGUUUGAUAAACUUUUAGGUGGAGGUAUAGAGAGUAUGGCUAUCACAGAGGCCUUUGGAGAGUUCCGCACAGGGAAAACCCAGCUGUCUCACACAUUCUGUGUCACUUCUCAGCUGCCAGGCGAGGAUGGCUACUCAGGCGGGAAAGUCAUCUUCAUUGACACAGAGAACACCUUUCGUCCAGACAGACUAAGAGACAUUGCUGACAGGUUUAAUGUGGACCAUGAUGCUGUGCUGGACAACGUUCUUUACGCCCGGGCUUAUACCAGUGAACACCAGAUGGAGCUGUUGGACUUUGUAGCUGCGAAAUUCCAUGAGGAAGGAGGAGUGUUCAAACUGUUGAUCAUCGACUCUAUCAUGGCUCUGUUCAGAGUAGACUUCUCUGGUCGUGGAGAGCUGGCCGAACGGCAGCAGAAACUGGCCCAGAUGCUCUCCAGGCUGCAGAAGAUCUCUGAAGAGUACAACGUAGCAGUGUUUGUCACGAACCAAAUGACGGCUGAUCCCGGCGCAGGGAUGACAUUUCAAGCUGACCCCAAGAAGCCAAUUGGAGGACACAUCCUGGCCCACGCCUCCACCACACGGAUCAGCCUGAGGAAGGGGCGUGGAGAGAUGAGGAUUGCCAAAAUAUUUGACAGUCCUGAUAUGCCUGAGAAUGAGGCCACUUUUGCCAUCUCUGCUGGAGGAGUUACCGACGCCAAAGAAUGAAGGGUAAAAGGAAAAGAGACACAUGUUUGCACAGUUUCCUGUUCAUGUCAAUUUAGUACAUUUAAGGUAUUUUUAAUGAAUGUAUUUAUUGAGUUUUAUAAAUUUAUAUAACCUCCUAAAG